UUGAUACCACUUUUCGAAGAGCGAUCUGUACAAGAGAAAGAUUAGCUGUAUUUUUAAGAUUCUUAGCCACUGGCAAUUCAUUUCGAUCUCUUGGCUUCAGUUAUAAAAUGGGAUUUAGCACAGUUCGUGAAAUUAUCAAAGAAGUAGCAAAGGCCAUAAAGGAACUUCUAGCAUCAGAAUUUUUACCAAUACCCACAGAGCAACGAUGGGAAGAAAUAAGUGCAAGAUAUCAGUCUAUGUGGAACUUUCCUAACUGUAUAGGCGCUUUAGACGGAAAGCAUAUAAAUAUUCGCUGUCCUAUUAAUGGCGGAUCAAAUUAUUAUAACUACAAAGGUUGUAACUCAAUUGUUCUGCUGGCGCUGGUGGAUGCUAAUUACCGAUUCAUAGUGAUUGAUGUGGGCUCAUAUGGUCGCAACAGCGAUGGAGGAAUUUUUGCCAAGUCUUCUCUGGGAAUUUCGUUAGCUAAUAAUACACUGAAUCUUCCAGCUGAUAAGCCGCUUACACAAAACGGUGAAGCUUUACCUCAUGUUAUUGUGGGAGACGAAGCUUUCCCACUAAAAUCGUAUUUAUUACGCCCCUAUAACCGGCGUUAUGUAGCAGGAAAUGAGCCAAAUAAAAUUUUUAACUAUAGGCUUUCGCGGGCUAGGAGAGUAGUGGAAAAUAGUUUUGGAAUUCUUGCAGCACGAUGGCGAAUUUUUCUUAAGCACAUGGAAAUACAACCAGAUUUUGUUGAUGACAUAGUAUAUGCCGCAAUUUGUCUUCAUAAUAUGUUAUGCUGCAAUAAUGAUUUUGAGCCAGAAGAAAUAUAUCGUAACACCCUCGAAUCGUGUUUUACAUUAGUGCCACCCUUGGGUCAAAAUUCUACUCAAGAUGCUUUUCGCGUUCGGGACAAAUUUAGAGAUUAUUUUCUAUCAGAUAUUGGUAGUGUACCAUGGCAAUUAGAAACUGUACGACGUGGACGUAACGUAAUAAUAAAUUUAAAAAAAUACAGUACCUAUGUAACUAUGUAUGUAUAUAAAAAUAAAUAAAAUAAAUUAAAAUAAGCUUA